AUGCCCCGACUGGCUCUCCGCAAGAUCCCACCCCGCUUAAUGACGCCGUGCCCACCCCCGGCUUCUGUGCCCCGGCUUCUGUGCCCCGGGAUUUCUCCUCGCUCCUCCGCAUUUUACUGCGUAGUACUCCGUAGACAUGUUGAUCUUUUCCGAACCGAGCUCUACGGUCCCGGGGUCUUCUACCGUGGAACUUGGCGUGUUUUCUGCGGAAUUGUGCAUUGGCCUGCCGAUCUGCCACCACUGGUGACUUAUAAAACGCCGUGCCGCAAGCCACAUCGCGAUGACAAGGUUCAUGAUUCAAGCGCCAUCAUGUAUACUAUAACGAAUAUCUACGUGCUUGCUGCCUUUGGCACCAUUGGAGGCGCCCUCUUCGGCUUCGAUAUCAGUUCGAUGAGCGCCUGGAUUGGUGUCGAUACAUACACCGAGUACUUCGGCUCGCCAGACUCCAAUCUCCAAGGCGGAAUUACAGCCUCGAUGUCCGCUGGUUCUUUCGCCGGUUCGAUUGCAGCGGGCUGGCUUGCAGAUAUCCUAGGCCGUCGUUAUGCACUGAUGGUUGCCUCUCUUGUAUGGAUCGUGGGCGCCAUGGUUCAAUGUAGUGCGCAAAACGUCACGCAUCUAGUCGCUGGUCGUGUUGUCAGUGGACUUGCAGUGGGUGUGACCUCCUCGCAGACGUGCGUUUACCUGUCAGAACUUGCCCCUGCUCGCAUCCGAGGUCGCGUCGUUGGUAUUCAACAGUGGGCAAUUGAAUGGGGCAUUCUGAUCAUGUACUUGAUCGCAUAUGGCUGCGCGGUGGGAGUCUCCGGGCCGGCAGCGUUCCGCAUUUGCUGGGGUAUACAGGCUGUCCCUGGCCUGAUUCUCUUCAUCGCAUUGUUCUUCUUCCCCGAGUCUCCUCGCUGGCUUGCUUCACAGGAGCGAUGGGAAGAAGCAUUGGAGACCUUGGCCAUUAUUCACGCCGAUGGCGACCGCCAUGACCCAGCUGUCCAGGUAGCUUUUGAAGAGGUCCAAGAGGCGGUGCGAGUGGCCCACGAAUCUCAGGAUAUCUCCUUCCUUGCCUUGUUUGGGCCUCGUGUGUGGAAGCGCACGAUGUGCGGCAUGAGUGUGCAAAUGUGGCAGCAGCUUCUGGGCGGUAACGUUGCUAUGUAUUAUGUCGUUUAUAUUUUCGAGAUGGCUGGCAUGACGGGUAAUACAACUCUAUGGUCCUCUGCUAUCCAAUAUGUCAUCUUCUUGGUGACCACGGGCGCUAUGCUUCCUGUUAUCGAUCGUGUUGGACGAAGGAAGUUGCUUCUUAUUGGAUCUGUUACCUGCAUGAUUGUGCACUAUAUCAUUGCUGGUGUAAUGGCCAGCAAAGGACGCCCUGUCGCCAGUGUGAACGGCAACGCCAAUUUGACAUGGGAGAUCAAUGGCAGUGCCGGAAUGGCAGUCAUUGCCUUUUCCUACAUUUUUACCGGCAUUUAUGGCUUGACCUGGGCUCCCAUUGGAUGGAUUUAUGCUGCAGAAGUCUUCCCGCUCAAGUAUCGAGCAAAGGGUGUUGGCGUGUCGGCUGCCACCAACUGGAUCUUCAACUUUGCUCUGGCCUACUUUGUUUCGCCAGCUUUCCACAAUAUCCAGUGGAAGACCUACAUCAUCUUUGGUGUAUUCUGCACUGUAAUGACGUUCCACGUAUUCUUCACGUAUCCGGAGACUGCAGGUCGAACUCUCGAGGAGAUCGAUUUGAUCUUCGAUACCGAUGUCAAGCCAUGGCGCACUCAUGAGAUUGGAGAUAUCUUUGGCGAGGAGGUCGAACGCCGCAAGGAAAUGGGUCCCAAAGCGGAGACCAGCGGUGAAGCAAGUCACAAAGAGGUGGUUUGA